UCGGAAGCAGUUUGCAUUUGUGGUACUUUGAGUGUUUUCCUAGAAAAAUGAAAAAGCAGGAUCAAAGGUGUGAACGUACCGUACCCCUCGUGGAAGAGACUAAAAGAUAAAAUUGUAUUUACAGGCUAGCACAGCCAUAGACAACACAGGGUCCUGGAAAGGAGGGCAGUGGUAGACUAUGACUCUGGCUUCGCUUCAAGAAUGAAUUUGUGACAUUCAAAACCACAGACUAUGCAACACUACUACUAAACCAGGUCAAAUAUGAAUUGGAAUGCAAAACCAGAGAAUGCUGCCCCAAACCCACCAUAUUCUAAAAGCCAGUCGUCUCUUUUGCAGCAGUUUUUAAUGCCUUCCACAACUUCUCAAAGUUCUUUCAGCUGUCUCCCACAUAACCAAGAAGCAUGCAUAUAUCCCACUAAUUCAAAUUCAGUUUCACAGCCACUUCUGAACGUCAGGAGUUUCAUAAAUCCUCCGAUCUCUGUUUCUAAUGUGCAUAAUAGGACAGUUGUGGCCUCACAGACCUCAGUAGAAAGAGUCACAUAUACAAAUGUUAAAGGAGCCCAACAACCAAACCACAAUUUGCAAACAGUGUCUUCUGGAGUUGUGCAAAAUGCCUGGAUGAAUUCAACAAUGAGGAAUUUUAUGCCUUCUCUUACAGAGGCAACCAUAUCUCAUAAACCUGAUGGUGGGCCUAGUAUGCCAUAUAUGCAUGCACCACAGAGUCAUCUUGUCACAUCAGACACCUACUCUGUGCAACUACAGAUGACUCCUUCAAACUCUGUAAGAGGCCCUGUAACUUACCAAGGAAAUUAUCAAGGAAAUCCGGGACUUAACCACUCGAUGGCAGGUGAGCUUGGCUGGGUACAAUGUGCAUCCAGUGAACUUACUUAUCCAGAUUACAGACCACCUCCAAAGCAAUAUCCUUAUUUACCACAAAGCUUUGUGCAAGACACUUCUGUUCAGAAACAAAACUUUGUGUCAUCUACAUCAUUACAAGUUAAAAAUAAUCAGCUUCCACCUUCUACACAGACCUUACCAUCAAAGCGCCCUGUACCUGUGUCGUCAUAUCAGUAUGCUGCAGAAACCAGCAAAAGACUCCCUCCCCCCCCUUACAGCUGUAGAUAUGGAAGCCAACAUGUGCAAAAUUCUCAGUCUGUUUCUAGACACUUGCCUGUGGAAGUUCCUCAGAGUUCAGAAAUGCACUCGUCUGAAAAAAAGAAAGAUGCUUACAAAGUCUUUCAACAGCAGUGGCAGAGCACUAGUAAAAAUGUCAGUACAAUAGGAAAAUUCUGUGAGUUGAAAAUUAAUACAAAACAGUCUUACAAUGACUCUGCUGGCUCUUCUGGGGAUGGUGUUCAUACUCUUGUUCAAAAUAAUCAAGAAGAAAGAAAGUAUUCUUAUAAUCCAAGUACAAAUCAAAUACUAGACACAAAUGUCACAAAAGAAAAGCUGGUGAGGGAUAUUAAAUCACUAGUAGAAAUUAGCAUUCUGAAUUUUCAGCAAAAGAAAUGUCUGCUAAAAGGGACAAUCAGUGCUCCAUGGAAUUGCUAGCAACAUGCCUUUCUCUUUGGAAAAACCAACCUCCAAAAACCACAGAAGAAAAUGUUUCAAAACCUUUAGAAGAAAAACAAUAUAAUGCAUCAAGAACUAGUACAACAGCGGUUGGCCCUUCAAAUCCCAUGAAUGAAGUUCAUGUGAAGAAUUUUUGUUCAGGUGUUAGAAAUUCUCAGAAAAUAACCACCUCGUCACAAACAGUCUUGUCAGUUCUCACACCAGUUUACGAUUCUUCAGAUGUAGCUGUUGGAAAAGGAACAGAGCUUCAGAUUGCUGUGGUUUCACCUUUAAUUCUUUCAGAUGUCAGUACUGUACCUGGGAAAGAGUUAGCUCCUGAAGUCGUAUCUGAAACUGUAUAUCCAGUUGUGAAGGAAGGCAGUGUUUGUAGCUUACAAAACCAGCAGGCAGAAAAUGCAACAGUAACUGCUGGUUUGCCCUUUGAUGUUAUCAGAGCAGUAGCAAGUGCUACUGUAUCAGCUGAGCUAUCACUGCCUGGGCAUAAAGAAAAGCAGCACAAACCAACACAGACUGAUCUAGAUACUGCUGAUGGCAGCCUAGGGAAACACUCUCCCCAGGGUGCUGAAGCUUUGCCUAACCCUAGGGACAGCACCAUUGUGAGUGGGCCUAUAUUACAGAUUGAAAGUAUCUGUUCUCUUGCAGAAGGUGAUGUAUCUUACAAUUCCCAAAUAGCAGAGAUAUUCAACUCUGUACAAAAUGAGCCCCAGAAACCUUCACCUGAUCAGCAAGUAAUUAAUAGUCAACAAGAAGAACAAGUAGAUAAGGUUGCUGAAAAUAAAGACUUAAGUUUUCUGAAAGACAAGUGUAUGCAGUGUACAGAUGUUCCUCAUGAAGUCACUGAACAGCCAGAGCCACUGCAGCCUUUAGAGACAACAUCUGAUGAGUAUGUUGAAGCAAACGGAGAAAUCCUAGAGGAAAGCAGUAAGGAGAAUCCUGGUGAAAAAGAGAUGACUAAGGACAUAUUGUGUUCACCAGCUGCUGUUCAGCAAGAUCCUCAACCUCAGGAAAUUGACACAGCCAGCAGUAAGUCAGGACACAGUUUUUCUACAGUAAAUGAGAUUAAUGAUGAAAAUGAACCUGUCUCAUACCUACAUGACCAGCUGUUAGAACUUCUAAAAGAGUUUCCUUAUGGCAUUGAAACUAUUGCCAGGCCUGAAGUUUAUGUGGGCCAACAAAAGACACAUGAAAUCUUAGAAAAUCAAACUGGUAGUAAAACUGGUAAUGUGUCUGGGGAUAACACAGACCAAAUAAAAAUUACAGUAUUAAACUCAGAACAAAUCAAAGAAUUAUUUCCUGAAGAGGAUCAUGUAGACAAAUUGGCAGAACCCGAGAAUACAAAAAUCAUUGCAGAAGUAAAGAGCCUGUGUGAUUCACAGGUCCCCAGAGAAGAAAGUCACAACCCUGGAAUGUUGGAUCUGGAGAAAGAUAAAAUCCAUUGCUGUGCCUUGGGCUGGCUCUCAAUGGUUUAUGAAGGUGUGCCACAGUGUCAGUGCAGUUCCAUGGAAGAGAAAGAGAAAGACCAGUGUUCUUUGGAAAUCUCUAAUUGCAAACAAGGAGAGCAGGCCUGCAAUAGUGGAAUCACUAUUUUUGAAAUUAAUCCUAUUUCUAAUAACUCAAAAAGUCCUCUGAUCCAAGAAUCUGAGAAAGGCCAUUUUUCUGACAUACAUGGUGAAAAGAUAAAAACAUCUGAAACAAAAAACAGCAGCUCACCAAGGGUAGAACAGGAAUUAACUGGUCAUUUUUCAAUGAAAUGUUACCAGAAAGAUAAAUCUACAACAAAACAGGAUAGCUCACUGAAAACAGAGCAAAAAAUAAAAAAUCUUUCUUCUAAAUGUGACAAACCAAAUCCCUUAAAAAGCAGUAAAAUACCAACCCCUGAAACAUUUAAUGUGGUAACUUCCAACUCUGAUAAAAAUAUGCCAGCAUUUUCUAAACAAGAUUCUCAGGGAAGCCUGCAGAAGAAACACCUAUUCCAAGACUCAGAUCCAGUAAAAGGACAUGUAUGGCUUUUGCCAAAUAAAGAUCCACGCAGGAGGAAUACCUUUUUAGUACAGUCAGUAUCACCAGAAAAGAAAAAGUUAAAAUUCAAAUCGGGUAGCUCCAAACUGAAAUAUUUUGAAAAAAGAAAAAUGGACCAUUUGCUUAUCUCAGAUGUGGAAAUAAAAAAGAAGAAAUACGAAAAACAAGAGCAGAACAAAAAUGCUGGAGGCACACUCAAAUUAUGUAGUACUCUGACUGAACCAAAUGAAAGAGCCUGUGCUAAAGAAAAGAUAGUGACAAAUUCUGAGCCCUCAGACUCAAAGGGAAGCUCCUCUAAGAGUACUAGAGUUAUAACUGUGCAGGAAUAUUUACAGCGGAAAAAAGACAAACAUGUAAUAGGAAAUAAUGCCUCCAAAAACAUCUGUGUAGAAAAUGUGCCAUGUGACUCUGAACCCAUGAAGUCCAGUAAACAUUCUGCAUCACCUAGUUUGGGAAAAUUAAUUGAGGGCCAGGGUGUCAGUGCAGAGACUUUAAAAGAAGUAGAACAUAAUUCCAGCAGCCAUGGCAAAAAUCUCAAGACCCACCGUUCUGAGGAGACUAGGCCAUACAGUGUGUCAAAUAGUAAAGAGAAAUUUUAUAGGACACAUCCAGACAAAUCUUACAUUGAUAAAGCUAAAUUAGAAAGAUUGACCAGUAUGAGUAGUAAGUCCAGCCAGCUCCAGGUAAAGGAAAAAAGGAAACAGUACCUGAAUCGAGUUGCAUUCAAAUGCACAGAACAGGAAAGCAUUUGUCUCACCAAAUUGGACAGUGCAUCCAAGAAGCUUAGUAAAGAGAAAGAAAAGAGUACAGCAUGUGCACCCAUGACAAAAGACUACACACACAAGCCCAUGUUGGAGUUUAAAUUAUGUCCAGAUGUGCUAUUGAAGAAUACAAGCUCCAUUGACAAAGGGGAUGAUCCAAGGCCUGGGCCUGAGAAGGAGCGAGCACCUGUGCAAGUUUCAGGAAUAAAAACUACAAAAGAAGACUGGUUAAAAUGUAUCCCAACAAGGACAAAGAUGCCCGAAUCAAGUGAACAAACAGAUCGGGCUGACUCAAGACUCUCUAAGAGAAGCUUCAGUGCAGAUGAAUUUGAAACUCUACAAAACCCAGUAAAAGACUCAAAUGUCAUGUUCCGGACUUUCAAAAAGAUGUACCUGGAGAAGAGAAGCAGGAGCCUGGGGAGCAGUCCAGUGAAGUAGCUUCGGGAUAGAGUGGUUUUGCUUUUACCACCAGGAAGUCAUCUUUCUUUUCAGGCUCCCUUGCUGGAAAUAACUCAGGACUUUCACAUUUGGAAUUCUCAGCCAAGGAGUUCAGUUACAGCUUAUGUUUCUCAUUGAUACUGUGUGACUGAAAUGUUGGAUUAGCUGCUGGUGAGCAGGCAGAGAAAUAGUUUGUAUUUGUCUGGGAACUACAAAAUGUGUGAUCUUCUGCAUUGUUGAACCAUGUUUACUGUUUUAAGUCUUGCUGACACAGUGGUGCACACCUGUGAUCCUAACAUUUGGCACAUGGAGACAAGAGAAUCAGGAAUUGCUUGUCUUCAGCAGCAUUGAGGCUAGUUUAGGCUACGUGAGACCAUCUCCAAAACAAAACAACAGCAACCAAAAAAAACAUGUAGGUGACUUAACACAAAUCAUACUCCGAAAUGCUGACAUCCUGACAUAAACUGUUCAUCAGCUGAGAUUUGUUUGACUGGAGCUGUAAAUAUAUUUUUGCUUCCUAAGCACAUUAGCAAAACUUAUUUUUCAGAAAAUGCCCACUGUGAAUGUCAAAGUAUAUUCCUAAGUAUUUUGUACUUUAUUGUAUAGGUUUUUUCAGAAGUCUUGUUUUAUACUUUUGUUAAACUGAAUGGAAUUUUUGGAAGAUGUCUUGACAUUACUUUUCAUACUUGAAAUAAACAUUUAUUUUUUAAAGAACUACA